GUCUACACCGACGCGGCUAAGUUCGUGAGGGCAGCGAACGGCUACCGCGUGCAGGACAUGGACGUCUUCAGCUCGGACGAGGACUUCCUGGGCGUCGUGCAGAACUACGGGAAGGCGCUUCUUCAGAAGAGCUUGGUGCAGACCGGUUACCGCGUGCUGGAGCUCUCCAGGCUGAUGAUGAUGAAGAACCAUCAUCUGGGCAUCAAGAAGAUUUUUCCGCAGGCCGUUCCCUUGUCGACGGACACAGACUCCGCGACCUACUUCAUCGAGACGCCAGAGGAUCCCCUUCCGCCAUGGGCAAUGAAACGGGUGAUGCCUCGCCACGCAGACUACUUCGAUUGCAUGAGCACGGGCUUCGAGACUUCCGUGGAUUUCUGCCAAUUGGUCUCGCGCCACUUCCAGAUGGCUGUUGAGCAUAGACGCAAGAAGGCGCUCUCCCCGUUCAAUGACAAAGUGUACCAGCUGGAUGGGGAAAGCUCGCGUGCUUUGGGGCACUGGCGGAACAACGAGGAGUUGACUGCCCUGGUUCAGGCCCUGAUCCCGCAGGCAAGCCAUUUCAGCUAA